GCCAAGCGAUUCCAACUGUGUGCGACAGUGUGGAUGCGCGCGCACGCGGCCGAGCCCGGCACGCUUUCCGGCAGUUUCUUGAGCGAGUGACGUUGACCCGCAGUUCCAUUUCGCACGUGGCGCCUGGGAAGUCAAGGUGUAGCUGAGACUUCUGCUCCUGAAGCGUCCGCUACCAGGAUGAAGAGGCCGAAGUUAAAGAAGGCAAGUAAACGAAUGACCUGCCAUAAGCGGUAUAAAAUCCAAAAAAAGGUCCGAGAACAUCAUCGAAAGUUAAGGAAGGAAGCUAAAAAACGUGGUCACAAGAAGCCUAGGAAGGACCCAGGAGUUCCAAAUAGCGCUCCUUUUAAAGAGGCUCUUCUUCGUGAAGCUGAGCUAAGGAAACAGCAGCUUGAAGAGCUAAAACAGCAGCAGAAACUUGAUAGGCAAAAAGAGCAAGAAAGGAAAAGAAAACUUGACGUUAACCCUGCUGGUGAGCAGUCUAAUGUGGAAACUCAGGAGGAGUCUAACGAACCCAAAAGAAAGAAAGCUAAAUCAGGCAAACAGAAUCCAAAGAAGUCACAUUGUCAGGAACUUAAAAAGGUGAUUGAAGCCUCAGACGUUGUAUUAGAAGUUUUGGAUGCCAGAGAUCCUCUUGGUUGCAGGUGUCCUCAAAUAGAAGAAGCUGUAAUCCAAAGUGGGUGUAAAAAGCUGGUACUUGUAUUAAAUAAGUCAGAUCUAGUACCAAAGGAGAAUUUGGAGAACUGGCUAAAUUAUUUGAAUAAGGAAUUACCAACAGUGGUGUUCAAAGCCUCAACAAACUUAAAGAACAAAAAGAAGACAUUCAAGAUAAAAAAGAAGAAAGUUGUUCCAUUCCAAAGUAAAAUCUGCUGUGGCAAGGAAGCCCUUUGGAAGCUUCUUGGAGAUUUUCAGCAGUCCUAUGGAAAAGAUAUUCAGGUUGGAGUAAUUGGUUUCCCAAAUGUGGGGAAAAGCAGCAUCAUUAAUAGCUUAAAACAAGAGUGGAUUUGCAAUGUUGGAGUUUCCAUGGGACUUACAAGGAGCAUGCAGAUUGUUCCUUUAGACAAGCAGAUCACAAUCAUAGAUAGUCCGUGCUUUAUUAUCUCACCUUGUAAUUCCCCUGCUGCACUUGCCUUAAGAAGUCCGACAAGCAUUGAAGUACUGAGACCGCUGGAGGCUGCCAGUGCAAUCCUGGCUCAGGCUGAUAAUCAACAGGUGGUGUUAAAAUAUACUGUCCCGGGGUACAAGGAUUCGCUGGAUUUUUUUACUAAACUUGCUCAGAGAAGAGGUCUGCACCAAAAAGGUGGAAGCCCGAAUGUUGAAAGUGCAGCUAAGCUGCUGUGGUCUGAGUGGACAGGUGCCUCAUUAGGUUACUACUGCCAUCCCCCUGCAUCCUGGAAUCACUCUUCACAUUUCAAUGAGAAUAUUGCAGCAAUCAUGAAGAAGGGCUUUAAUCUAGAAGAACUAGAAAAGAAUAAUGCACAAAGCAUACAAGUCCUCAAGGUCCCUCAUUUAACUCAUAGAAUCCUUUUCCGGUCUACGGGCCUGACAAAUGGAAUACUAGAAGAGAAGGACAUACCUGAAGAAUCACCAAGACAGACAGAAGACAAACAGGAUGAUGAUGAUCAAGAAGAUGGUAGUGCUGGAAAAAAUGUAGAGAUCUCAGAUGUAGCCCUUGUAGAAGAGACCAGGGAGAUGUCACCUGGGCGAUCAGCAGCAAGUAAACCAUCUGACAGAUCAUCUACCUUGGAUAAAAUGAGUGAAGAGGAUGAUGCCUAUGACUUUGCCACAGAUUAUAUAUAACUUCUACGCAUCCAAACAGUCUCUGUGUCUCCGUGUGCAGUGUUCUAGAUUGGUUUGUUGUAUAAUAUAAACUGUAAAUCUUGUAAAUAUGUAUCAUGUUAUAAAUUAAAAAUAAAAUGUUUA